ACUCAUCUAUCUCUCCUCUCUGUGUGUCUUUCUUGCUCACAGAAUCCCGCGACUGUAAAGCGCUUUCAGAACUGGAUGGAGCUGCAUCUCUACUCGAGUCUUUGGAUUUAAAAAUGAUUUUAUUUGGACACUGAUUAAUUAAAACAGAAACUCUGAAGCUGGAAACUUUUAUCUUUUUUAUGUUAAAAAGGGGGGAUCAAGUUUUGGCCCCAAGAGCUUCACAAAACGACUUUUACGCAUUGGAAAACAGUAAUCAUCCUCGCUUAUCUUGUUAUGGUUGCCAGCAAUAAAAAAAAAUAUACAUAUAUAAAACGUAUUGCAACGUAAGGUUUUACGCCUUUAAAUAACCAGAGUGAGGAAGAAAAUUAUUUCCUUUAAUUAACGCGUUUCUCCGCCCUCAAAGAUACUCAUCAUCCUUUGCGCGCGUACCGUGCUCUCCUCCAGGCGUAAAACGUGUUCCGCGUUCAAUAUACUGAACUAAAACGGAAUUUGCCAUGUACUAAAGUCCCAAUUUGGUUAAACAAAAUCAAGACACCGAGCGUGAUCUGCCUUAAGGAGCUUGGAUGCUGGUGAGGACUGCUGCUGUGUCUAAAGGCUGCAUGGGAGCGCAUGCGGUGUCAUCUUAAUUCUCCCCGGCGCGGCAUCAUCUCGCUGGAAGUAGGCUUCGCUGGAAAGAUGGCUUUUGACUUUUCCCCCAGGAUCCAAAGCGUAAUCCCUCUGCAUGCCUGAUUACACCGUGACAGUGGAAACUCGUCUUUAGUAAGGUAAAAGGAUGACUGCAGCUGCAGGUGUUCUGACAGGCUUGGCCAAGCUGAAGCGCCAGGACUCCGCCCGCUCUCAGCAUCGCCCCAUACCACCUGCUUUCCAAGGCUUGGCAAACCCCACCCCUGAGAGCGCCCCCAGGAAGAGAAAGAGACGCACAGAUGUGGUGGUGGUUCGAGGAAGGCUUCGGCUCUACUCGGCUUCAGGCUUUUUUCUCUUCCUGGGACUAAUCAUCUUGGCAAUAGGCAUUGGCAUGGCGACUCUAGGUUACUGGCCACACAAUAAAGCCAUACCAACAGGUGGAGGAAAUGAAUUAAAGGUGGAGAAAGAUGUAACUAAUGCAAGCCAAGUGGUUCAAGACUCUUCAAAGCAGAUGGGCGGUGCUCUGACACGGUUUCUGGAACAGCACCUUCACUCUGAGAGGAUGAAGAUGCUUGGACCCUUCACUAUGGGAAUAGGAAUCUUUAUCUUCAUCUGUGCUAAUGCAAUACUUCAUGAAAACAGAGACAGGGAGACCAAGAUAAUCCAUAUGAGAGACAUGUACUCAACAGUCAUCGACAUCCAUCGCCUCAGGCAGAGGGAGCAGAAACACAGCAGCAGCUUCUGUGCACGAGAAGUGGCUGAUCUUCGAGGCUUCGGGGGGGACACAGCACCGCACCUGGCCAGCAACUCCCUCCUCGGUUUCUCGUCUCGGGCUGGAAGCAGAAUUGGGUCUACAGAGGAAGAGGAGGGGCUUCUUGGGGGUGAGGAGUUCCACCAGCACAAAGAGCAGGCCAGGCUGGAUUGUAGCUUUGCGGGACUUUUAGCUCCGUUGUAUAAGGAUCGGCCUUUUUACGGCGCCGGGCUUGGGUUGGAGCGUUCAGAUUCCAUGCGACAUCAAUGGUCAGUUGAUGGAGAUGGGGAGAAGGGAGGACACCACACGGGAUCUAUUGUCUCCUCCUCCAUCUCCGCCUUUACUCUGCCUGUUAUCAAACUUAACAACUGUGUAAUUGAUGAACCAGAAAUGGAGGCAAUUACCGAAGAGGACAGAGGAGGUGAGCAGAGACGAGCAGAGAGGCCGGUGCCGCUGAGCUCCAUGGAGUCUCUAGUAGUGCCAGUAGCAUCUGUUGCCAAGGCCUCCAAGCCACCAGGCUUACAGCGUAGUAACUCUGCAUCCUCGUCCUCCUCCUUCUCCUCCGGCACCCUCUCCCCUGCUCCCUCAUCUACCUCAGGCUGCUGGCUCUCACCAGGAGCAGCAAAGAGUGACUUUGGCUCCAACUCUUCUCUUCAAAUGCUUAACAGCCACUCCAAAUCCCUGGACCUAGAGCGCAGGCCGAGCGUGCUCAGCGUGCGACCGGAGCAGAGGAAGCAUCCCAGCUGGCCGCGGCUCGACCGCAGCAACAGCACCCGCAGUCACUGCGGGAACAGAGGCAGCAGCAAGGGAUACACCCGCCUGGAGGACAGCGAGCAGCUGGGGGAGCGACGCUCGGACACUUUUGUGUCACCGACAGACAGGCGCGACUACAGCAAGCGAGAGAAGCUGCUAAUGAUAUCCAGGUCACAUAAUACUCUCAGCUUCGAACAUGAUGAGUUUCACAGUAGUACGAUGAAGAAAGGAAGCUCUGAAACUCGAUUCUAAAACUGUCAGCUCCAAGUCUGUCCUGUUCUUUAAAUUGUUCAUAAGCUCUCUAAGUGUGCAUCAGAUGAUUUUGGCUUUUAAGACCAGUUUUUGAAUGCAGAGCAAAUGUGGGAACCUGCACAGCAAAAGGUUGGCUCUUACUGACUCUACAGGCCUACUGUACUACAUUAGAGGUGCUUCUUUACAGCUGACCUGUACAUGUGAAAAAAGACGCUUCC